AGCUCGCCCUGCUUCACUUGCACCACUCAAGCUGAGCUCGGUUCGGUUGUAGCCUGUAGCUUAGCUAGGUCCCCGCGCGCGCCAUGGCGAAGAACCACCACCGCAUUGUGGCGCUCCUGCUCUUCGCGGCCACGCUGCUGGUCGCGCAGCUCGCGCCGGCCGUGGCCUGCCCGUCCUGCCCGGCGCCUAAGCCGCCGCCGCCCCCGCCCCCGACGCCCGUGCCGUGCCCGCCGCCGCCGUCGUCCGCGCCGCCGUCCACGCCGAAGGGCAAGUGCCCCCUGAACACGCUCAAGCUGCUGGCGUGCGUGGACGCGCUCAACGGGCUGGUGCACGCCGUGGUCGGCGCCAAGGCCAGCGAGAAGUGCUGCCCGCUGCUGCAAGGCGUGGCCGACCUCGACGCCGCGCUCUGCCUCUGCACCACCAUCAAGGCCAAGGCGCUCAGCAUCAACCUCGUGCUCCCCAUCGCCAUCGAAGUGCUCGUCAACGAGUGCCACAAGAACGUGCCCGCCAGCUUCCAGUGCCCGUAAUCAAACUCAACUCAGCUUCCAUGCAUGCUGGGUUAAGGUUAUAUGGUAUUUGAUUGAUGAUAAACCAGUCAAGCAUUUACAUGCAUAUAUAAUUUGUUUUUAUAAUUGUGUAUCAAUAUUGUAACAUGAACCAGUGUGAGAGUUGUGGCCUUGGGGCUUGUAGUGACUAAAAAGAUUUAUAUAUGAAUAAAGCGUGUGUGUCAUAUAUAUACGAAGUUUACGGUGUAAAGUUCACGAAAAUUUGUUACAGUAAUAUUUUUUGUACUGAGCCAAA